GUUAAAUUUUUUGUUUUGGUGUCUGAAUGUCCAAUGGAGCUAGUGCCUAUGCCGCUUCAGAUAUGACGUCUUCUUUCGGAAUUAUGACCGUUACGCGCACACCGUGUGAGCUCGACAAAAUGAGCCUUUUCCAGGAUCUGAAACUGAAAAGAAGAAAAGUAGAUUCUCGAUGUAGCAGUGACGGCGAGUCCGUCGCCGAUACUAGCACCUCAUCACCAGACAUAGUUUGUCCACCAAGUCCAAAAAUCAUAUCAUCGGAGCUCACAAUGGCAACAUCUGCGCGUAGCCCACAAAGUCCAGAUUCAUUGACAAGCGGAGGAGGAGGAGGAACAACAGAUCGUGGUAACCCAGAACGUGAUGGUUCAUCCGAAUUACUAUGCAGUAUGGGUGAAGAACCAACGAAUUCAAGUGUAUUUGAUGGUGGGGGUCGUCGAAGUAGUACACCACAACAAAGUGUCAAUCCAACACCCCCACCACCAGAACCGUUUCCAUCACAGACUCCCCCACCACAAAGUGUUAUUCGAGCACCACAACAACACUGCCCUCCAAGUCCUCAACAACAAACGACCGUACGAACAAUCAGUACAAAUCAUCAUCAAAGAGGAAUCAAACGAUCCCAUAGUCCAACGUUCCAUUCUCCCCAUGAUGUUAGUCCGGUAAGAUGUCAGCAAACACCACCACCUCAAUCAAAUGCUGUAAAUGUUAUAAAUGUAACCACCAGUAAUUCUCCACAAAAUACACAAUCUUCACCACCGAUUUCACCUUCAACGCCUCAACAGGUGAUGCGUCAAAGUCCCUUACAUUUUAUUUCACAACAUCCGCCCGAAAGUCCUCACUCACGGCAAUCUCCUAUACCCCCGUCGAAUAAUCAACAAGAAAUAUCCAUAAUGUAUAAUCGACAAAACUCGAAUAAAAAUGAAAAUUCGAGCAAUGUUCGAACCAUACAACAUAGUCCCAGCAUACAAAUCAAAACAGAACCACAAUCAACUUAUUUAAUACGUCAAAGUCCGCUACAUAUUUUAAAAGAAUCAUCUCGACCGCAAAGUCCAAAUAAUCCAAGUGGUGUAGCCACAAUUCGUCAUACACCACAAAGCCCAAUCCAUAAUAUUCGUCAGAGUCCCGUGCACUUACAAAUAUCCCCAACUAGUUUACACAUAAAACAAUGUCCAUCAAGUCCUGUACACCAUAACAUGUCGUCACCUCGUCAAAGUCCUAUCCAACACAUACAACAAGGACAACCAACGUCACAAUCUCCAGGUUCCCCACGUCGUAUCAAUAGUCCUUUAUCUAGAAAUACUCCAGGUGUGAUCACAUCACAACAAGCAGCUGUAAUACAAUCACAAUUUUGGGUACAAAAUACACGAAUCAAUGGUGUUAAACCAGAAUUAAUUGGUGGUAGCUUUGGCGCUACAACAACCGGAGGUUUAUUAGGCGCAACGCAUCAAGAUAUGAAACCACCGUUAAUUGUACAAAGAAGUGCGGCCACAACUAGUCCACAGAUACGACCGACGCCAACUGUAAUAAUGGGGGAAGUAGGUGGUGUCCGAACAAUGAUUUGGUCACAACCGCCUAGUAAUUUAAGCGUAACAACUCCACAAACAUCAUCGCUAGAUCCAGCACAAUUACAUGCAUCCACAUCGAGUUGGAGCAGUUCAAAUAGUUCCAGUUCAACAAUCGGAACAAAUCCUGAAGAGAGUGCUGCGCAAAUGUUAUUAACAUUAGGACAAGAUCGUAGUCGAAAUACACCAUCAAAUCGUAUAUUACCUGGAAAUAAAUCGCAAACAUCUCCAAGCGUAUCUCAACAACAACAGCAUACCGUUGUGCCUUUAAACAUGGAAAGACUGUGGGCUGGUGAUUUAUCCCAACUGCCAGCAAAUCAACAAACUCAAGCUUUAAAUCUAAGUUCGUCGCAACAGCAACAAAGUAUCAAUCCGGUUGGAUCGAUAAUGUAUCUAAAUCGGCCGAAUAACACAAACGAUAUUAAACCACAAAUAAAUGCGACUGGAAUGACUACAUUAUUACCGGAUAGUGGUCAUUCGCAUCAUCCACACGACCCAACCGAUAAUCCAGACGAGGAAGAUCAACCGAUGAUUUGUAUGAUUUGUGAGGAUAAAGCGACUGGAUUACAUUAUGGUAUUAUAACAUGCGAAGGAUGUAAAGGAUUCUUUAAGAGGACGGUACAAAAUCGACGAGUUUAUACAUGUGUGGCCGAUGGUAAUUGUGAAAUUACAAAAGCACAACGAAAUCGAUGUCAAUAUUGUAGAUUUAAGAAGUGUAUCGAACAGGGGAUGGUGUUACAAGCGGUACGAGAAGAUCGAAUGCCUGGUGGUCGUAAUAGUGGCGCUGUUUACAACUUAUACAAAGUAAAAUAUAAAAAACACAAAAAAACAACAACCAAACAACAAGCAGCUCAACAACAGAAACAACAACAAUUAGCAGCUCAACAGCAACAGCAUCACGGACAUCCGGACAAGACCACAACCCAACUACAUCACUUACAACAACAUGGUGGACAUCAUCCACAUGGCAUCAUUAAAACAGAAACAUCAGCGGGUGUUACACAAAUUCCAGCACAUUUAGUGAACGGUACCAUUUUAAAAACAGCAUUAACAAAUCCAAGUGAAGUUAUCCAUUUACGACAGCGAUUAGAUAACAAUAAUCCUACAGUACAACAAUCGAACAUAAACAUGUAUCAUCCACGAUCAAACGUUGAUUCGAUUGAUCAAACAUUAUCAAUGAUACAAACAUUAAUUGAUUGUGAUGAAUUUCAAGAUAUUGCUACGUUACAUAAUAUUGAUGAGCUAUUAGAUAAUAAAACUGAUUUAAGUGAGAAAUUAUGUCAAAUUGGUGAUUCAAUUGUAUAUAAAUUAGUGCAAUGGACAAAACGUUUACCAUUUUAUUUAGAAUUACCUGUUGAAGUACAUACACGAUUAUUAACACAUAAAUGGCAUGAGUUAUUAGUGUUAACAACAUCCGCAUAUCAAGCGAUACAUGGUACAUCAUCAUCUGCAUCAGCUGUUACAAAUAAUCAAACGAAAUUAUCAUCAUUCAACUCUGAUCAUACGGAUAUUGAUUUUACACAGGAAGUUAGUACAAAUUUAUGUGUACUCCAAACUUGUUUAACAUCAAUGAUGGGUCGACCCAUAACAAUGGAUCAAUUGAGACAAGAUGUUGGUUUAAUGGUUGAGAAAAUUACUCAUGUUACAUUAAUGUUUCGGCGUAUAAGACUUACAAUGCAUGAAUAUGUUUGCCUUAAAGUGAUAACCAUGUUGAAUCAAGGACGUUCCGGUAAUGGAAAUAGUGGGAAUGCUAGUGGCGGUAACGCAGGUAAUACUGAAUUAGAAACAAUACAAGAACGUUAUGCAUCUUGUUUGCGUGCACUUACACAUCAUAUGCACCCGCAACAGCCGCAACGAUUUCAAGAACUUCUAAUUCGAUUACCUGAAAUUCAGUCAGCUGCCGCAUUAUUACUUGAAAGUAAAAUGUUUUACGUUCCUUUUCUAUUAAAUUCAGCGAUCCAAAGGUAG